GAAGAAUAUCCUAUCGAUAUCGUACUUGGGCUAGAAAAGGUUUCCAACAUCUACAAGGUUAUCAUCGAAGUCGACGAGCAUUUUACACCCUCCAAAAUAGAGGUCUGCGUCGGACUUGGUGACGAUACCCUUGAAAGAAACUAUAAGAAUGCUCGCAUGGCGGAAUUUAAUGAACCAAUACAGAUGGAGUUUGGCGCUAGUCAGAGGAUUGCAAAUAGAAUGGAACUAAGAAACGCUUUCAACGGCUCUCCGGGACAGUAUAUGUGGAUUAUGGUGUAUGAGCCCGAUGAUAUCUCUUCGAAUAGAUAUAAAAAGGUGGGGAUUAAGAAGGUGACCAUACUUGGCUACCCACUUUCAAAAGAUGAGGUUGUGGCGCUAAACUCAAAGUUCAGAAACAAGGAAGAUGGAAGAGCAAAAUGUACUGUUUGUCUUUAA